AAUUUUUUUUUGUUGUUCUCUUUUUUACUUCUUCGUAUUAUAUUGUUGUUGUGAUGGCUGUGCCUAUUUUAAAGUUGUUGACUUUCUUCGGUUUCAUGGGUACCCAUUUAUAAUCAUAUGUGAUUGCACGUUGCAGUAUAUGUUUAUAUAUAUAAUGCGGGGUGUUAAUGUAUAAAUGUUUUUUUUUCUGGGGUUAGUUUGUUUUUAUGUGUUGGCCUUGCUUUCCUUCCUUUGAUUAUCCCCCAGGCCCCCGCUUCUUUUCUUUUUUUUAUCCUAAAGGGUUUUAUGUUUCUUCCUUUUUAUCUUAAGAUUUGAUGAUCACAUUUUUGUCUGUUUUGUUUAAAAGUUUGAAAUAGGGACUUUUGGAAAGUUGUAGAAUUUCGUUUUCUUUUUUUUUUCAUACCCUUAAAAGUAUUAGAGGGAAAAUCAUGUAAGAUUGUUAAUUAGGUUAGGUUCAACUGAUUGAAUUUUGUCUCUAAUGGUGUGCAGAAUCAGUCUGCUCCUGGGAUUACAUUUUUUUUUUAUAAUUUUGGAGGAGUGGUGGUGCUUGGGGUAACUAGAGCCUAGGAAAGAAAAUAUAAAGUUUUGGUGGUUUAUCAUUACUUUAUUAUUGUCUGGAUCUGUGUAAUUUGCAAUCAUAUAGAAGAUAUCUUAGUUGGGGUUGAGUUGUAUUGCAAGUUGUCUUCUUGAUGAUUUAUGAUCAAUUAAACCCUUAGUACUGAACAUCUGUUGAGGAGUUCAUUUUGUAUGAUGAUUUGAGUACAAAUGUUAAGUUUCUGGAGAGAGUCUGGAGGAAAUUCUACAGAAUAAUAACAACCAAGAAGUUGGAUUAGGAUUUUGUGAGUUUGGGAUGGAUCAUAGAAGUGCAAUGGAUAGGGCUACUGAAUUUGAUCUUGAAAGUGGAUUGCCACUAAUUGGAGAUGAUUCAAAGAAAGUCUCUGCUCCUAGCACGGCUAGCAGUGCAAAACAAGGAAAGGCAUUAUUUGCUAAGGUUUCUGGUGGGUUUGCUGGAGGUUCUGUUAAAGGUGAUGAUGGGCCAAGUUUAUGCUGCAAUGAACCAAGUUUAAGUGAAGUAUAUGCGGAUGUGAUGAGAGUAACAAACAAACCAAUGAUGGGGAGAGAUUCGGCAAACCGUGCACAACAAACCCCAGUGAGGGAGAAACGUAAAAAGGCCAGUAAUAAAAAGGCUCCCAAACCUCCAAGACCCCCAAAGGCUCCAUCAUUGGAUGCAGCUGACCAUAAGCUAAUCAGGGAGAUAUCUGAACUUGCCAUGUUGAAGCGCGCGAGGAUGGAGCGUAUGAAAACCUUGAAGAAGAUGAAAAUUGCUAAAUCAUCAGCACCAUCAUCUUCCAAUGCCAGCAGCCUUUUGGCUAUGAUUUUCACUGUUGUCUUCUUUGUUGUGAUAAUACUCCAAGGCAUGUCAUCUGGUAAAACCUCAGUGGCAAGUUUCCAGGGAUCUCCUGUAUCAGCAGGUGAAUCAGAGGAUGGUUUAAUUUCAGUUCAUUACCAACUCAAUCCUUCUGCAAUUGACUCAAAUGCUCCUGGUUCAGAGUCUCACACUUUUGUACAGCAGGUAGCGGGUUCAGAUUUGCCUGAAAAGCUGAGGAGAGAUUCAGGUUAAUGCACUUUUAUUAUAAAAUAAAGAAAAGAAAGAAUGUCAUUGCCUGUAUUUAACAAAGAAAAGAUGGCAUACUGUUCCCUUGCUUCUCCUACUAACUCUUUGUCUUGACUUUCACAAUAUUUAUUUCUUUAUAUGUUGGUAAUUUAUCCCCUUUUAUGUAUAUAUAUUAAUCAAUGUUGGGGGGUGAGUUAAAUUACCAUAAGGUGCUUUUUAGCGUUCUUCAUUGCCUUGACAAACACGUGUACUUUACAUUUCACCUCCUCAGCAACUUUCUGUUGCUUAUAUGCUCCCUGAAAUAGAGUUUGUAGAUUUUGCUUUUGAAGUCCACGAGCUAGCUAUGAUUCUAUUUAUUA